GGAAGUGCUCCAGGGAAAUGGGGGAAGUUUCCAGAGAGGCAGGCCAGCUGGUGGGAGGCAUGCAAGGGCUCCUCUGGCUUGGCCUCCAAGUCUUCAGGCUGCCCCAAGCACACAGCCAGUAGGGGUGAAAGGAGAAUCAGGCAGUAACAGCGUGCCAAGGAGCACUUGACUUGGAGGUAGUGUCCCCCGAUGGGCCGAAUUCACCAAUGAACAAUUUCAGGGUUUAGGUCCCUUUGCCCCAAUUUCCAUCUCAAAGCUAGUGGAUUUAUAGAGGAGGCCACAGGGCCAGAGUGCUGAGGUGUCCUCCUCCUCCCCAGAACCCACGAAAUGGAGCAAGGUCUCCUAGGGCCAAGGUGAGGGCCAGUCUGGUGGUCCGAGUCCACCCCGGGGCCCUGAGGCCGUGGAUCAUGGCUAAGGCGGUGGUAAUUAUUUAUUCGCUUCGCUGGAAGGGAGUCUUCAGAAAGAGCAGCGUGAAGAGGAGGGAAAAAAUUAUCUCUCUCGUCUGCAGAUAUUAAGAUGGAUUUUUAUUUCUUAAAGGACCCUCCCCGCCGAGAGCGCAUAAGCGUAAACUUAAUAUAUGCUCCGCAGCCCAACUCUAGAAAUCGCAAUAAAAGUUAAAACCUCCCCUACUGGUUUUUUUUAAUUAUGAUAUGGGAAAGAGGAGCAGGAUUUAUAGAGCUGAACUCUCGGCGUGUGAGUGUUUGAGACUUGCGGGAGAAGGAGGAAAAGGGUAGAGCUCGCCAAGGAGAAGCUCGGUCUCUCAGCUGUCUCCGCGGCUGCGGGGCCUCGGGCUGAUCCGCUGUGGCCUCCCCGGGACCUCGCUCCGGCCAUCCAUCGGCCUUGCCUCGGCUCGCUUGGAGAUGCAGCCCUUCUUGGGAACAGGUGAAGGGGAAGGCGACAACCGGCGAUGGGGGGGCUACGGGCAGGAAGGCCGGCACACUGGGCUUUGUGUGGGUCCCAAGCAGGGGACGAGGUUGCAAGUUCCCAGCAGGAACGCAGCCCAAGUGUAGCCCGGCGGCGGGCGGCUUCGCCGGGAAGGGUGUCCGGGCUGGGCGCGAGAGCUCCGACAAGGUGGAUUGUGUGUGGACUUUGGCCGCAGACGGAGCAGAGCGGGCUCCAGGGCUGUGGUCAGCGCAGAGGCGGGCAACCGGAUGUUGAGUCUGUAGCAAGGACCUUGAGGUCUGUCGGGUGUUUGGGCUGCCGGGGGCGGCGGCCCAGGGUGUGGAGCGCGGGGCGCGGCGGGCGGCGUGGGCGAGGCAGCAGGCCCAGCACACCUCUGCGGCUGCUGGGCUGUGUCCCAGACACUGGAACUGAGGCCGACCACCGGUCAGAGCAUGAAAAAUAAAUGCAAUUUAGGGUGCUUCUUUUUUGCUGCUUUCCUUUUCCGCCUAAGAGGUCCUUCCCUUUUUUCUCCUUCGGAGAUACCUGGAUUUGGUCCAGAGCAGGUUGCCCGCGGGAGGGCCCGCGAGCGGCAGCGCUCGAGGGAGGGAGCGAGGGAGGGAGGGCGAGAAGGAGGGAGGGAGGGAAGGAGGGCGGGUGGCGGCGGCUGCGGUGGUGGCCGGGGCUUCCCUCCCCGGCGGGAGGCGGCUGCCCUGCGUCUGUGGCCGUGGGGAGCCGAGGAGCAGGUAACGAAGGCGCUUCCCGAGGCGGGACUGGACCCAGCCAGCGGACCGAGUCCUAGGGGUCUCUGCCCGAGGCCCUGGCGGGAGAGAAGCGGGGGCUCAACCCCUAGACCUCCAGAAAUGACGUCAGAAUCAUUUGCAUCCUGCUGCCUCUACCUGCCCGGUCCAGCUGGGACCCUGCCUUGCCUGCCCCAUGGCCAGAGGGUUGGAGGGGCGCUGCCCAGUGACCUAUGCAGACUGAAACAGGAUCGCCAUGAAUGGAGACCACUGGGAAAGCUCUGGAGCCAAGGCCAUCCGGGCCCACUGGAGUCCGAAGAGGAGACCCUGGGGGGGGGCUGAAGCACAGACUUCCGACAGCCCCCCGGUGCCCAGGCUUUGGAAGGGGAAGCUGGGAGCUUCCCAUCUCCUCUCGCAGGGGAGGGUUGUCAGUUUGGCGGGGUGUGCACCGGGGGGCACCCCAGCCCCUGCCAGCCAUGCCCCCGUCAUCUCCCCCCAGCAGCAGCACCACCACACACACACAAAAUUGGAUACAUUUUGAAUAAAGCGAUUCGGUUCCUUAUCCGGGGACUGGGUUGCUCCGUGUGAUUGGCCGGCGGAGUCACAUGGUGAAAGUAACUUUACAGGGUCGCUAGCUAGUAGGAGGGCUUUAUGGAGCAGAAAAACGACAAAGAGAGAAAAAUUAUUUUCCACUCCAGAAAUUAAUGAUCAUGAGCUCGUAUUUGAUGGACUCUAACUACAUCGAUCCGAAAUUUCCUCCAUGCGAAGAAUAUUCGCAAAAUAGCUACAUCCCUGAACACAGUCCGGAAUAUUACGGCCGGACCAGGGAAUCGGGAUUCCAGCAUCAUCACCAGGAGCUGUACCCACCACCGCCUCCGCGCCCUAGCUACCCUGAGCGCCAGUAUAGCUGCACCAGUCUCCAGGGGCCGGGCAAUUCGCGAGGCCACGGGCCGGCCCAGGCGGGCCACCACCACCCCGAGAAAUCGCAGCCGCUCUGCGAGCCGGCGCCUCUCUCAGGCGCCUCUGCUUCCCCGUCCCCAGCCCCGCCAGCCUGCAGCCAGCCAGCCCCAGACCAUCCCUCCAGCGCCGCCAGCAAGCAACCCAUAGUCUACCCAUGGAUGAAAAAAAUUCACGUUAGCACGGUGAACCCCAAUUAUAACGGAGGGGAGCCCAAGCGCUCGAGGACAGCCUACACCCGGCAGCAAGUCCUGGAAUUAGAGAAAGAGUUUCAUUACAACCGCUACCUGACCCGAAGGAGAAGGAUCGAGAUCGCCCACUCGCUGUGCCUCUCUGAGAGGCAGAUCAAAAUCUGGUUCCAAAACCGUCGCAUGAAAUGGAAGAAGGACCACCGACUCCCCAACACCAAAGUCAGGUCAGCGCCCCCGGCCGGCGCUGGGCCCAGCACCCUCUCGGCAGCCACCCCGGGCACUUCUGAAGACCACUCCCAGAGCGCCACGCCGCCGGAGCAGCAACGGGCAGAGGACAUUACCAGGUUAUAAAACAUAACUCACACCCCUGCCCCCACCCCACGCCCCAUCCUCCCCUCACACACAAAUUGACUCUUAUUUAUAGAAUUUAAUAUAUAUAUAUAUAUUUUGGUUCUUUUCUCUCCUCCUCCUGCUUCCUCCCUGGUCAAUUCCAAACAGACAAAACAGAUAAACAAACAAGCCCCCUUCCCUUCCCUCCCUUCCACUGUUAAGGACCCUUUUAAGCAUGUGAUGUUGUCUUAGCAUGGUACCUGUUGGGUUUUUUUGAAACGCCAUUUGGGGGGGGUAAUUUAUUUUUUAAGAAAAAUGCUGGAAAAAUUAUAUAUUGCAAGGUGCGAUGGUCUGGUUUGGGUAAAUUUCAGGGGAGAUGAGAAAAGAAAAAAGGAAAGGGAGGUUUUAAAGCUAAUUCUCAUCAUUCUCUUCCUUCUUUCCCCCUCUUUCCUUGGGCCUUUUGCAUUGAAAAUGCACCCGGGGAGGUUAGUGAGGGGGAAGUCAUUUUAAGGAGAACAAAGCUAUGAAGUUCUUUUGUAUUAUUGGGGGGGUGGGAGGAGGGGGGAGGACAGCAGACAAAGCUAAAUGCAUCUGGAGAGCCUCGCAGCAGAGCUGUUCAGUUUGAGGAGCCAAAAGAAAAUCAAAAUGAACUUUCAGUUCAGAGAGGCAGUCUAUAGGUAGAAUCUCCCCUCACCCCCCAUCAUGGUUAUUGUGUUUUUGGACUGAAUUUACUUGAUUAUUGUAAAACUUGCAAUAAAGAAUUUUAGUGUCGGUGUGAAAUGCCCCGUGAUCAAUAAUAAACCAGUGGAUGUGAAUUAGUUUUA